AUGCCGACACGACACCGACCACCACCCCCCAACCCGACCCCCCCCCGCCGACCCCGCCCCCCUGCCUUACCUCGGGGGAAUAAGGAAGCGGCUGAGGCCGGGAACGAGGCCGAGGCCGCCACCCUGGCUGCCACCCCCACUCCGACGCGACGCCACCACCCCGCCGACCCGCCCCGCCGACCCCCCCACCGAUGCCGACACCGACCACCACCCCGCAAACCCGACCCCCCAAUCCCGCCGACCCCCCCCCCCCCCCCGCCGCUGCCUUACCUCGGGGGAAUAAGAAGCGGCUGCGGCCGGGAACGAGGCCGAGGCCGCCACCCUGGCUGCCACCCCCACUCCGACGCCGACGCCAACCCACCCCUCCGACUCCGCCUCCCGCCGACAACCCCCAACGAUGAAGCGGCUGCGGCCGGGAACGAGGCCCAGGCCGCCACCCUGGCUGCCACCCCCACUCCGACGCCGCCCACCCACCCCGCCGACCCCGCCCCCGCCGACCCCCCCUACCGAUGCCGACACCGUCCACCACCCCCCAACCCGACCCCCCCCCGCCGACCCCCCCCCGCCGCUGCCUUACCUCGGGGGAAUAACGAAGCGGCCGCGGCCGGGAACGAGGCCGAGGCCGCCACCCUGGCUGCCACCCCCACUCCGACGCCGACCCCGCCACCCCGCCGACCCCCCCACCGAUGCCGACACCGACCGACCACCCCCCCCAACCCGACCCCCCCCCGCCGACCCCCCCCCCGCCGCUGCCUUACCUCGGGGGAAUAA